AUGAUGCCUCUUUCAUCAAACCGAAUCGACACCAACAACCUCGAUCGUCGCGGUCCCAGUGCGGAUAUUGCGCCUUCCUCGCCACGACAGCGCGGUCGAUUCUUGGGCUCGAGCAGCCAGGGCCAGCAUGGUCAUGUCGCCGUGAGCAUUGGCGAUGACGAUCGCAAGACGCUUGUAGGGAAAGCAGCCGCAGCAUCGGCUUAUGGCUUGGGCCCAAGAGCGACCAACUCGCUGGGGGCGUCCACCAUGAGUCGUGGCAAGGGGCGGUUAAGGAUCGUACUGUUCGCUUCCGCCGUGUUGGGGGUGUGGUGGUGGACUCGCAGCGGGGGUACCGAGAGCGAUUCGAGGCCGAGUCUUGUCAACAAUAAUCUGCCAUUGUCGCGACCAGAUGGAUCUCUUGCGAACGAGAAGGUUCUGAUGGCGGACGAGGUGGUGCGGCUAAACGGCGACCCGAUGCCGUCAAAUUCUGAUCCCGAACAACCCAAAGUCUUCGACCUGCCCAAGCCGAAACCGAAACCGAAGAAGCGGCCACCAAGGAAACCGCUGACCCCAACAAAACCAGGUUCGUCGGUCAUCGACGUCGACGUUGCACCGCCACCACUCGCCGAGACCUUGAUCGACCCGGCACCCCCCAUCGAUCGCUACCUCGCCUACUCGCCGCAUUCCGGCUAUCAUAAUCAGCGCAUCUCCCUCGAGAACGCCUUGACUAUCGCAUACAUGCUCAAACGAACCUUGCUCGUCCCUCCGGUCUGGCUCGGUCAUGCAAUUCCCUACAUCUCUUUCGACAAACUCGAUCGACGGUUGGCAAUGGCGAGCAAGACCGGCCUGGACCAUUGCAAAGACUUCGGGGACGGUGACUCCGAGGACCCGAUACCCAAAGAAUGCAUCGGGUACUUUAGCUGGACGCAGCUCGGGUGGGAUUUUAUCGUCGACUUGAACGGCGCCAGGAAACUUGUCCCUAUGAAGGAGCGAUGGGAUGCGACCGACGCAUGGCUGACAAAGGAGCUGAACCUGAGCGGCAAACCCGGCGUCGACCGAUAUGACCUCAAGGACGACAUGCUGUACCAGUUCCGCUACUACGACUCGUCGAUUGACACGGCGCCGCUCGACAAGUUCGAAAACCGCGUUGAUGUCUUGAAACUCGCUCGCGACACGCGCGAUUACAAGCUCGUCAACCUCGGCACCUUGUUCGGCACGUCGCGCGUUCGAACGACGACAGACGAAGCGUACGAGGCGCGUUCUGCUUUCCGACAAGCGACCGUUUUCAAAAAUGCAUUGCUGGAUGAGAUUACCGAAACAGUGCGCGAUCGACUGGGCGGACCGGGCAAGUACUAUGGCUUGCACCUGCGCGUCGGCGACGGGAUUUUCCAAAAGAGCGCGGCUGCGAACAUGGCCGGGGUGUGGCAGAACUUGUGCGCGGUCAAGAUGAAGCAGCCCCAGGAACUUUGCGAUCAGAUCGCAAAACGCUACCGAGAUGGUGCGACAUUGCGGACUCGAGCUCAGAUCCCGGACAAGCUCGACCCCAAGAUCGCAACCUGGUUCAACUCGACCCCAUCCAAGCCGCCCAACACGCCCCUGACGAAGCGCAGGAACUCGCACGCUCAGCGUCCGGGAGCCUACAAGCACAGUCCGCUACCCAAGAUACCUGUUAUUCGAUCGCGAGAGGACUCACUCCUCGACCCGAGCUUGACAUGUCGCGGGCCCUUCCACGUGACCGAAGAGAUGCUGCCGUUUAACGCCCCGCUCUUCAUCGCGACGGACUCUAAGCAGCCUACGGAAGAUGCAAACUUGGGCUUGUUCUUCGCUACUUUCCCGUGCACCUUCGUUCUGAACGACUUCUCCUCCGUUUCCGAGGUCAACCGCAACCCUGUCGCGGCGUUCAACGAAUUGUCGGGGCUGCGGAAUCGGUACGACAAAGUCCCGUUGGCCCAGUUCAUGUAUCCGCAGCUCGAUGCCCAGAUUGCGGCGUACGGUUGCAAGCUGGUUGGAACACCUCAGAGCACGUACAGUCGUUUUGCCGUCGACGUCAUGCACCAAGUGUAUCAGUACGUUGAUUGUCCCUCGAGUGAUCCGAAGCGCCUGACUGAGAGCUGACCACUGUGACCUCCUUUCGCUUUUUGCAGUGGGUGGCCGAUCAUCGAGCGAGGUUGA